GAAACUAAAUAAAUACUCAACAAGUACAAAAUAAAUUACCAAGCUAUACUUUUGCUUAUUAUAAAUGUUCCUGUACUGUUUUAACAGGUCGUACGCGGGUAUAACUGUGUAUAAUAUUACCGUAGGUGAGGAGCGCGUGUCUGGAUUGGUGCGCGCAGCUGCCACUUAAAUUCUCCGUCACUCCUGCUAUAGUUUACGGGUUAAUCUCUGUGCAUCCUCUCUGUGUGCAACCGAGAUGACAUGAGCAACCAGCACUUUACACAGUCUAACAGCUGACAAUGUGAUCAUACAGAAUAAAACAACAUGUAAAGACUCAAAGCUUCCAGCUGUCGCUUUAGUUGAGGAGAGGGACGGGGUCUUAUGCUAUUUGACAUUCGUGUUCCUGGAAAGGCGUGCACUUUAUUGUCGGAAGCGAAAACUCAUCGCAAUCAUGCAGCAAUCAUUUUGACCUUCCGAGAGCCGUGAGAUCCCACGUUCACCGCCCUCACCACGAAUUUCAGCGCUGUGCGCAAAAGGGACAUCUGGAGAGCUUUUACGCACAGAGGUGAGGCGCAACGGCGGCGCGCUGCAUGCAACACGAAUGCUAGACGUGCAUAUAAACUCUCGCCCGACUGAAAAAUACUUUUUCUUGAAUUAUUGUAACAUUUACUUCUUGCAUCCAUUCAUGUGACACGGCCAACGCGACCUGACUGUAGGACUAUAUAACAAACAGAUCUGUAAUCACUCGCCAUGGAAGAGAAUCUAAGUAAUUUGAGCGUGCUGAACUGGGAGCAGGUAAAGCGUCUGGAUGUCAUCCUCACCGAAUCCAUCCCCAUUCACGGCAAAUGGAACUUCCCCACUUUGGAGAUGAAACCUCGUGAUAUCGUCAAAGUCGUGCGGUGUCGCAUGGAAGAGCGCAAGAUUCACGUCCGGGAGGUCCGGCUGAACGGUUCCGCGGCCAGUCACGUUCUCCACGAGGACAGCGGUUUGGGCUACAAGGACUUGGACCUCAUAUUUUGCGCGGAUCUGAAAGGAGAAGUGGAGUUUCAGACCGUGAAGGAUAUCGUUCUCGACUCCCUCCUAGAUUUCCUGCCUGAAGCUGUGAAUAAAGAGAAAAUCACACCAGUUACAUUAAAGGAGGCUUACGUGCAGAAGAUGGUGAAAGUUUGUAAUGAUUCAGACCGCUGGAGUCUAAUCUCCCUCUCCAACAACAGCGGGAAGAACGUCGAACUGAAGUUUGUGGAUUCCCUGCGACGUCAGUUUGAGUUCAGCGUUGACUCUUUUCAGAUCCGUCUGGACUCCCUCCUCCUCUUCUACGAGUGCUCUGAAAACCCCAUGGCUGAGACAUUCCACCCCUCCAUCGUGGGAGAGAGCGUUUACGGAGACUUCAACGUAGCCUUGGACCACCUGCAACGGAAACUGAUCUGCACACGAAAUCCAGAAGAGAUUCGGGGUGGCGGCUUGCUGAAGUACUGCCACCUGUUGGUGCGAGGUUUCCGCGCGGCUUCGGAAGCCGAGAUGAAGCUUCUCGAACGCUACAUGUGUUCCCGGUUCUUCAUCGACUUCUCAGAUGUGGUGGAACAAAGGCGCAAGCUAGAGUCAUAUCUGCAGAAUCACUUUGUGGGAUUAGAGGACCGGAAAUACGAGUACCUGACCACGCUGUACAGUGUCGUCGAUGAAAGUACAGUAUGCUUGAUGGGACACGAACGGCGACAGACUCUGAGCCUCAUCACCAUGUUGGCGAUACGUGUUCUGGCAGAGCAGAAUGUAAUUCCCAAUGUGGCUAACGUCACUUGCUAUUACCAACCUGCACCGUACAUUGCAGAUGGCAACUUUAGCAAUUACUACAUUGCUCAGGUGCAACCAGUCUAUGCCUGCCAGCCCGUCCACACAUUCUCACCAUGGUUACCCUGCAACUGACCAACUGUUGACUCACAUUUUGUCCAACAUGUCUAAUUAGAGCACUCGCCCAAUGAGACCAGUUGGCAAGUCUGUAUUUGUGUGCUCUACAAUGUGAGGAAAACCCAAGACUUUCCCAACUGGCUGCUGCCAGCUCACUGCAAGGAGAAGCUACAAGCGCGCCAGAUGAAAGAAAGUGAGGGAGAGUGAGGUAACUUGGAUUCAUUACCAUCGGGCAGCACGUUCUACCUAGGCUUUCCAUGGCUAUGUGCCAGGCCUACAGUAGGAGGAAACACCAUGGAAACUCUAUGAGAGUAAUACGGACACAAAAGGGACUAUCUUUCUGUUUGUGUACAUAUGUGUGUGAUAGACAUACAUGAAGAAUCAAAGAUGUCCUGCAUAUUGUAUUGAAAGGGCAGAUAGAUUAGCAAGAGAACUUUUUUGAUGCUCAUUACUCAUGCUAUCAGACUGCAAUCAAUGGACACUUUUCUCAAGCCAAGGAUAUUUUCAUAGAUACCAGAUACCCAAAACAGAUUAUCAGUUAAGUGCCUUAAACUG